AUGUCUUAAAUAAACAUGUUUAUAGCCACGAUUUUGAUAAUUUUGACAAUAGUAAAUGGUGAAAUUGAAUUUUCUUUCAAGUAGAAGAAUAAUUAGUUAUUGUACAAGAUAAUAUCAAAUGAAGACUUAGUUGUUUUAGCUUUUUCUGGAUAAAUGGUAAUUCGUUAAUAAAUAAAAAAAGGAUUUGAGAGAAUAUUUAUUUUGUAGAAUGAAAGACUGUGAAUGUGAGGAAAGAUAUGCUUAAGGAGUUCGAAGUCAUCCAAAAUUAAGUGAACAGUAAUUAGUGUCGAAUUAUGAAUGUGAAAAUAAUGAAAUGAUGUUUGUAAGAGUAGAUACAGGAUAUUAUCCUUAUGUUUGGUAAAACAAAUAGGAGAAUGCUAAAAGUGUUGAUAAAUAAUAAAGAAUAACUUAAGAAAUCACAUCGAAUUUAAGUUAUAGUGAUAGUGAUAUGACAGCAUCAUUAUCAGUUGGAAGUAUUUUCUAAGUGAAAUGGAAGUUUACAACAGAUGAAUAUAUAGAAAUGUGUUUAAUUUUGAAUUAGAAAUCUUGGAUUGGAGUAGGAUUUGGAAAAGGAGUAUAAAAUAUAUAUAAUUUAAGAUGAGAAAUGUUGAUAUGUUAACAAUUAAUAUCAUAGAUAAUGUAGUAGAGGUUAUUGAUCUAUGGUCAGUAGAAGAUGAUACUCCUCCUACUGAUACUUAAUAAGAUAUAGAAUUGAUUUCAUAUAGUGUAGCAGAUAAUUCUGUAAAAGCUAGAAUCAAAAGGAAGUUAAAUACAAAUGAUUCUAAACAAGAUGUUGUCUUAGCUAAAGGAUCAUAAUAUACUUGGAGUUAUGCAACAUCAUCGGCUUUAGUUAUGGAAGAUCAUGGACAUAAUUUUAAAGAAUUUACUAUAACUUUAAAUGAAAGUGGAGAUACGAUAGUGUCAUAUUCAGAGAUACUUAUGGUUAUUGUUAUGAUCUUUAAUUUAAUAUUAUGA